AGUAAGUAAUUGGGUGAGACCAUGAAUAUCACCGACAACAAGCCCAAUAAAACUAGGCCACCCGGCCCAGAAAGGCAUGCUUUUAGGCUGGCAGCAAUAUGUAUGUGUAAAUUGUAAUGAUCAAAAUCAUUAGUGAUAUUCUCAAUCAAAUAGUGAUUUGGAAUUAGCCCAAUGUAAGCUGGAAGCGGGUGUGGAACUUGGCUAUUCCGCCUAAAUUGAAGGUGUUUCUAUGGCAAGUUCUAUAUAGGUUCCUCCCCACAACGGAAGCUCUCAUUGGCAGGAAGGUGGAUGUUCAUCCUCGUUGCCCGGUGUGCUGGGCUGCGCCAGAAACUAUGGAACAUCUAUUUUCGACUGCUGUGUGGCUCGUGCUUUGUGGGAUUUAGCGGGGUUAGAGCAUGUGGGCCAGGGUUUGCUCGGCUUACUUUUCCUCUCUUCCUCAAGAACCUUCUGGCCAUCGUUAGGAACCCUUCCCAGGUCAUGGAAAUUGUAGCGGUACUCUGGCGGAUCUGGAAGUCUCGAAACUGGGUAGUCUUUGAAGGCAAACAAUUUGGGAUACCAGCCCUUCUUCGGCAAUAUCACCAGCAAGUGAGGGAGUGGGAUUCGCUUCCAAGGGAAGUGGAGGGGUUUUCCCCUGUGCGGGUCACCUCGGAUGGGCCACCUGGUAGCCAGAAUCAUCUCAUUUGUAGGUGGGAUGGAGCCGUGAGGUUAGUGUCUCAUUCGGCCGGAGGGAUGGUGCUGCUGAGUCCGGACGGGGCGGUUGUCGCUGCGAGGGGGGUGGUUUUCCCGGAGGUUGAUGAACCAAUGCUGGUAGAGGUGUUGGCCCUCAGGGAAGCAAUCCUCUGGUGUCGGGGCAGAGGCUGUGUCUUGGUUCAUUUUGAGGGGGAUGCGAAGGUGGUGGUGGAUAUACUUCUUUUGGCUCAAGGGAGUGAUAGUACGGCUAGUGCUAUUUUCCGAGAGGUGUUGCUCUACUUGGCUGAGAACGUAGGGUUUAGUGUUCGGUUCGUUGGUCGGAGUAUUAACAGGGUAGCCCAUCUGGUGGUGGCUAGAAAGGCCCUUUCUUUGUACCCGAUAGCGAGUCGUUCUUUUGAUUUUGUAGCCUGGUUAAGGCAGACGGUGUAAUGAUCUAUUUUUGAGUAUCAAUAUAUGAUUAUCUUUUAUAAAAAAAAAAAAAAACCAGUCUUAAAUUUUCUUAUCUCAAUAUGAGGUGCCCUCCUAAUGUAAUUCCCCUAGCAGGUUAUAAACUCCUAGUCACAAGUAUAUUCAUAACUAAUCAACACUUCCUUUUGACUUAAGAGUUAUAAGUGAACAUCGUCAUAAUAAUCAAUUGAAUUAUAUUGAAUUGAUAUUAAAUCGAUUCUAAAACC